AUGAGCGGACAACUGCGUAGCACGAGCAGAGGAGACAUCAGUGGAGGAGGCACGGGGGGAGGAGGCACGGGGGGAGGAGGCACGGGCGAAGGAGGCAUGGGCGGAGGAGGCAUGGGCGGAGCGGGCAUGGCCGGAGGCAUGGGCUGCACGGGCGGGGGAGGCAUGGUCGGAGGAGGCACGGGCGGACCAGGCAUGGGCAGACCAGGCAUGGGCGGACCAGGCAUGGGUGGAGCAGGCAUGGGCGGACCAGGCAUGGGUGGAGCAGGCAUGGGGGGAGGAGGCAUGGGCGGAGGAGGCAUGGGCGGAGGGGGCAUGGGCGGAGGAGGCAUGGGCGGAGGGGGCAUGGGCGGAGGAGGCAUGGGCGGAGGAGGCAUGGGCGGAGGAGGCAUGGGCGGGGGAAGCAUGGGCGGAGGAAGCAUGGGCGGGGGAGGCAUGGGCGGAGGAGGCAUGGGCGGAGCGGGCAUGGGCGGAGCGGGCAUGAGCAGACCAGGCAUGGGCGGAGCAGGCACGGGGGGAGGAGGUAUGGGCGGAGGAGGCAUGGGCGGAGGGGGCAUGGGCGGAGGAGGCAUGGGCGGAGGAGGCAUGGGCGGAGGAGGCAUGGGCGGAGGAAGCAUGGGCGGAGGAAGCAUGGGCGGGGGAGGCAUGGGCGGAGGAGGCAUGGGAGGAGGAGGCAUGGGCGGAGGAGGCAUGGGCGGAGCGGGCAUGGGCGGACCGGGCAUGGGCAGACCAGGCAUGGGCGGAGCAGGCACGGGGGUAGGAGGCAUGGGCGGAGGAGGCAUGGGCGGAGGAAGCAUGGGCGGAGGAAGCAUGGGCGGGGGAGGCAUGGGCGGAGGAGGCAUGGGCGGAAGAGGCAUGGGCGGAGCGGGCAUGGGCGGACCGGGCAUGAGCAGACCAGGCAUGGGCGGAGCAGGCACGGGGGGAGGAGGCAUGGGCGGAGGAGGCAUGGGCGGAGGAUGCAUGGGCGGAGGAAGCAUGGGCGGGGGAGGCAUGGGCGGAGGAGGCAUGGGCAGAAGAGGCAUGGGCGGACCAGGCAUGGGCGGAGCAGGCACGGCGGGAGGAGGCAUGGGCGGAGGGGGCAUGGGCGGAGGAGGCAUGGGCGGAGGGGGCAUGGGCGGAGGAGGCAUGGGCAGAGGGGGCAUGGGCGGAGGAGGCAUGGGCGGAGGAGGCAUGGGCGGAGGAGGCAUGGGUGGCGGGUCAUCGGGUGGGAGUGCGUGUGGCAACAGCAGUAGCAGCAGGAGCGCCAAGCUCACGAGCAGCAACGGCAAGAGAGUGAUGACCAGCAAUGGGUGCCCGGGGUACGAGUGGCGGGUGCAGGGCAUGGUGAACACGCCAGUGCAGCAGACUCUCUCCUUCGCCGUGCCGCUCGCCCCCACGCUCGCCUCCUCCGCCAUCCCUGUCUCCGUGGGCGGCUGCAAGAUGGGGCCCAUCGGCUUUGCACUCAAUGGUGAGCCCUUCUACAGUGCAUGCGACGCCCAGGGUAGGGACGCCUUGAAGUACGAGGGGCCGAGCUUUGACACGUGUGGGGGGCACCCGUCCCCCUUCGGCCAGUACCACUACCACGUCGCACCUGGCGUCGCCAACCCCUCUGCCAUCUCCACCUCUCGCACCACCGACUUCCAGCUCUGCGGCGCCGCCUUCUGGCAGGACACCCGCGGCGAGCACUCCCCGCUGCUGGGCUUCCUAGCAGACGGCAUUCCCCUCUACGGCCCGCGCGGAGCAGGGGGAGAGCUGCCCUCGGGGGUGGACGAGUGCGGGGGCACGUGGGAGACGGCAGUGGGGGCGAGCCUUUGUUCUACCACUACCACGCGAGCAGCACGGCGCCCUACACCGUUGCUUGCCUCAAGGGCUGCGUCAAAAUCCUCUGACUGGGGCAACGUGGGCUCCGCCUCCUGCACCCACGCCACCAGUGAGUGGCAGGGGGUGUGA